AUGGCUGCGCUCUUAGACAUGGACGGAGGGGACUCUGCUCCGAAGGAAGACAGGCUAGCCGCUGUUCGUGGGGUCCUUCAGCAGAACAGACAGUUCCUGGACUUUUUCUGGGACAUCGCUAAGCCCGAGCAGGAAGUCAGGCUGAGGGCCACAGAGAAUCUUAUUGAGUACCUGAAAGCCAGUGAGAAGGAAGAUGAGCUGAAAUACACCUUCAAGAGACUUGUGGAAGGAUUGGCAGCUACCCGUGAGUCAGCACGUCCAGGAUUCAGCUUGGCAUUAGCUCAGGUUGUGCAGUGUUUUGAAGAGAUCCCACUGACAACAGUAUUUGAAUACAUUGAUGAGAAAUAUAACCUCCAGAGAGUAAAAAAGAAAUUGGUGAGAAAUGCUGCAUUCGGCAAUUUGUUUGGAGUUCUUGCUUUGUUCCAGUCUGGUCGUCUCCCCAAGGACACAAAAGUCUUACUUCAGUGCGUGCAAUUACUGCAGAGCCUGGCACAAUACAGAGAUGACUUGAAGGAUUUGCCCAGGAAAACAUUGGUUGAUAUUUUAUCUGAGAUUCCUGAAUCUACAUUUCAAGAAGUACUAUUUGAGGUGCUACGCUCUGACCUGACAUCAGCAUUUAGCACUCCGGAACAAUUACACUUGCUGCUUGUGGGAAUGCAAAAGUUUCCAGGAGUGCUGAAGCCCAAAAAUUUAAAGAAGCUCCUUGGGUCUUCCAUGAUUACUUCACAGGAAAACAUACCAAAGUUGGUGGAUCUGUUAAAAAUGGCUGCCAAGUCUGUGAAAAAGGAGAGGUGUCUUCCAGCAGUAGCUCUGGACAUGGUGAAGAUCUCUCUAAAGGAGGAGACGUUUGAAUUGUUUUGGAAAGAGGUUGUGGAGAAUGGUCUGAUGCAAGAACAGUUUGGACCAUGCAUUUACAUGUGUUAUAGGCUCCUGGGUGCUUCUUUACCUCUGUUGGAUAAAAGCCAAUUGCAGCAUGUCCUUAGAAGUGAAGUCAUGUUGCAUUAUGGAAAUCACUGUGUCUCAACUCAGCCUAUAGACAGGUUUAAGUUUGCCCCUGAAAUGAACACAUACGUAGAUGCCUUUUUGGAAAACUGUGAAGAUGCAAAAAAACAACUUACAGUUCUUAUUGGAUUCUCAUCGCUUACAAAUCAAGGAUACCCAGUGGUUCCCAGCACAUGGAAAGUGGUUAGGCAUUUAAAGCCAUCUGCUCUGCAAAAUUACAUUGAUUGGUUGAAGAACAUGUUCCUUAGUCCAGAUCUUGAUUCCUGCCUAGAUUUCAGUACCAAACGUCAGAAGGAGAAACAGGAGCAAGAGAUGCCAGCUGAUCAUGUGGUAUUACGCCUGAGAAAAUGGAUUAUUCCACGGCUUACAAGUAUCAUUGACAAUACCCAAGUAAAGCGGGAUGAGGAUCAAGUGAUGGAUAUUGCACGGUUUAUUCUAUUCCAUGCAUUUUUUGAGGCAAAGAAAUCUGCAUCUGAUAUUCCGGAAACAGAGAUACGCCCAUCAGUACCCCUGAAUGACCAAAUACGUGCACAUGUGUCUGAAGCAUUUUUCAGCUUGUUGCUUAAUUUGAACAACAUGCCUGCCCUUGGAGAAGGUUCUGCAGAUAACAGUUUAAAGGAGAGACAUGUGGUUGGAGUUACCGCAGAUGGGAGCCUUUGGAUUCAUUGCAUGGUGCGCUAUGCUAAUUUGCUGCUGUCACGUGAAAAAGUUGUUAAAGCUGUUAAACCAUUUAACAAAGAGGAAAAGGAAGCUUGGGAUCGAAUGCUUCAAUAUGUAGAAGACCUGCAAAAGAAGCAAGCGAUCAAGCAAUCAAAUAGCAUGGAGCUAUCAGCCUAUCAACAGUUGUUGCUGCUAGUAGGAAUUCAUAUUUUUAAGACCCCAGAGGAGAGUAUGGAUCUGUUAAAUGAUAUUCAGAACUGUCUGGAAAAGGCCAUGAACAAAAAAGCCAAAAAGAAAAUGGCAACUGGAGAUUCACAAGAACCAGAGUGGGUAGAAGUGAUGGUGGAAAUUCUUCUGUCACUUUUCUCUCAACCCAGCAAGCUUUUCCGUAUGGUGGCAAGAAAUGUGUUCAAGAUGAUUUGCCCAUUCAUCACCAAGAAUGCCUUACAGCUGAUCCUAAAUGUUUUUGACCCUGAAGAGGAGCAGAAUGAGGAAAGUGCAGUUGUUGUUACAGAUGAAAAGGGUCAGAAAAUGCAGGCUUCUGGUGACGAGGAAGAAGAGAUCAGUUCUGACGAGGACAGUGCCAUGGAGGAUGAUCAAGAAGAUGACAAUAAAGAAAGUGAAAAUGAAGAGGAGUUAGCUGAAGGAGACGUGAAUGAGGUUUUUCGAAAACAACUAAUGGAUGUUCUGCAUGCAGGCAAAGCUAUGGAAGGCGAAGACAGUGAUGACGAGCUGGAUGAUGAAACCAUGAUGGCUCUCGAUGAAAAUCUCUCUGCUUUAUUUGCUGAGCAGAAGAAACGCAUUCAGGCAAAAAAGGAUGAGAAGGCCAAAAUCCGUCAGGAGAAAACUUUAAGGAGGGAUUUCAAGACCAAGGUACUGGACCUGAUUGAAGUGUUUAUGAAGAAGCAGUCUAGCAGUCCACUUGUGUUUAAUGUUAUAGAGCCUUUGCUUUCUGUAAUAGAGCGGAGUAUGAGCUCAGAAUCCAACCAACAGGAACAGGACUUUCUUCGAAAAACAGCAGACAUAUUUAUGAAUGAUUUAUGUAAAAAUAAGCAUUACUGCAAAGACGUGUCAGAGCUAAAAGAUGAUCUUCAUGAUAUGAUGGAGAGACUAGUGAAGAGAGCAGCCAAACAAAGUGACUCCUCUGUGGCUCUAUACUGUUUCAGUGCAUCACUUUACCUAUUUAAAGUGUUGAAAUGGACUGGUCAGACAGCGGAGGAAGAUGAGAAAAGUAAAAGCAAAGACCCAUCAUCAAAAGUGGUUUGUAUGGGUUGUCUGGAUCUUCAGCGAAUCACAGAACUCUACCAAGAAUCGCUGAAAGGAUUUAUGACCAAGAGAAACAGUCCUCUAACUGCAGCAAUGUUUUUGGAUCUGUUCAAUCGGUUUCCUUUUAUAUGCAAACCUCUGUUGGGUAUUGUAAUGAAGUCAGUUAAGGACGGAGCUAGGCAACAUCAACAGGCACAAGCAUGCACUCUUCUCAUGAAAGCUCUGCAGAACCUUGCUCAAACACAGUCCCUGUCUCAGAGCGAGUGGCAGGAUCUGAUUAAAGAAAGUCUGACACAGGUUACAGAGAUGUUAAAAGCUAUAGAAGAGAUUAAAGUGAAAGUUGAUCAAGAAAAAUUAAUAAAGUGCUUUGAACUCCUUAACUACCUACUCAGAGUCAUAAAUCAACAGAAACUUGAAAUAAGUUUGGCAAGUCUCCUUCCUGUCCUCCAAGACUUGAACCAUAAAGAGGGCUUUGGGAAACCAGUAAGAGUGGAAGACAUGUACUGGCACGUGAUGAAGUUACUUGGAUUUAUGCGGCCUAAAAAGGAAAAGACAAAAGUAAUACCCGGGGAAGCUUCGGAGGAAAAUACCCUGCCCAAGAAAAAGAAAGGUGUGUUACCAGAGAGCAAGAAACGCAAGAACCGGAAGAAGGGCAAAGCUAGAGAGGAUCGCAAUCCGAACACUCCAGCUAACAAAGAGGAGAACUCUGAAGGACAGCAGCCAGGCACUAAAUCUAAGAAAAAGAAGAGGAAGAGAAAGAAGGCAGGACAACAAGAAGAUGGAGCAAAUGAGAACUUUGGAGGAGCUCCGGGAAUCAAGAAAAAAAAAACCUAAUGAAGAUGCCAAAGGCAAAGUGGACACUGCUGCAAAACUUGGAAAGGCGAAAAAGAAACCUAAAAAGCCCAUCAACCGCUAG